AUGGAGAUAACAAAUGAUCCCCCGUUUAUCAUCUACUUUGUGAAUGAGAAAGGCCAAGUGCAAGAACAAUUUGUUGAGAAUGAAUGGCUUCCCAUCAAAUGCAACAAUUGCAAGGGAUAUGGCCAUAACAUGGCUGAAUGCAAGCAUCAUGGUCCAAAAAUCUGGGCUAAGAAAACUGUGACCGAUAAUAUUUCUGUUGGAGUUAAUACAGCUGCUGAGAUUCAGGGAAAGGCUGCAAUAUCAGGUGUUCCCACUGGGAAUACUAUGGUAACUCAAGAGCCUAAAGAGACACCAGAUAUGGCCGGGCCUGUAAAACCUUGGUUGAUUGUUGGAGAUUUCAAUGUUGUUUUUCACUUUGAUGACAAAGCUAGUGAGAAGUCAGUUAGUGCUGCUGAGAUUUAUGACUCCACAGCCUGGAUAGCACAAAUGCAGAUGGCUGGUCUCAAGAGUAUUGGUUCUAAGUAUACUUGGUCUAAUAGGAAAGAUGGGAAGGAUAGGGUGUACUCAAAAAUUGAUCAUGCUUUUAUCAAUGAGAAUUGGGUGGAUGCUUUGCCUAACACCAUAGCUGAGUUUCAGUGGGAUGUUAAUUCUGGCCACUGUUAUUGUCUCAUCAAAACUCCUAAACUUGGAAAUCUAGGCACAAAGCCAUUUAGAUUUUUUAAUCUUUGGAUAGCUCAUCGAGGGUUCAAGGAGGUUGUUCGAAGUAGCUGGAACAAGCCUAUGGCGGUGACGGGAUUACAGGGGGUGAUAAACAAACUGCUUCGGCUUAAACAUGUAUUGAAAGCAUUCAACAAGGAGGAAAUUGGAGAUGAAGCUGAAAAAGAUGCAGCAGCCAACUAUCAAUUUCACUCUACAAUGUACAGAAGCUUUUUGAAUGAUCUGGGAGUUAUUAUUGAUGACUACAGUCAAGUUGUUACUCAUUUUCUGGACCAUUUCCGUGAAUAUAUGGGAAGCACCAGCUCAGCAACAAGAAGUAUUAAUACUCACUGUAUUGGGCUUGGUCCUUGUCUGGACAUUGAGAUGCACCUAAAGCUUAUCAGAAAAUUUCAAAAAUCAAAUGUUAAGAAGGCUUUGUUCAGUAUUCCAGGUACUAAGAGUCCAGGGCCUGAUGGCUUUGGCUCUGAGUUUUAUAAGGCCAUGUGGCAGGACAUAGGUGCUGAAAUAUCUAAAGCCAUUCUUGAGUUCUUCAACUCUGGGAAAAUUCCUGCUGAACUCAAUAAAACUGUCCUUGCUAUGGUUCCUAAAACAGAUAUGUCGUGCAAUGCCAUUGACUACAGGCCCAUAGCUUGCUGUAACACAAUCUAUAAAUGCAUCUCAAAAAUGUUAUGCAGCAGGAUUUCGGAGGUCCUUCCUACAUUAGUCAGUCCGAAUCAAGGUGCUUUUAUUAAAGGGAGAUUACUAGCUCAUAAUAUCCUUAUUUUUCAAGACUUGAUUAAGAAUUACAAUAGGAGGAAUGCUUCCCCGAGGUGUGCUCUGAAGAUCGAUCUUAGCAAAGCCUAUGAUACAGUGGACUAG